CUUUCAGAUUGGAACUUCACUCCUUUAAAGUCGGCUUCUCCCAACGUCAAUUGCCUUGUUAUAACUGCAUCGCACAAGUCUAGACUUCUUGCUCCUCUUCUGUAUUUCUCGCGUCAGGUCUACAAUACAAUGCGCACCGGUGUCUUGCUCAGUGUCGCUUUUGCGACCACCGUCUUUGCCCAUGGCGGCGCUCACUCGCAGAAGCCCGUUGUUGAUGCCAAUGCGGACUGGAUGACCAAACAUAUGGCGGAGGAGCAUCAUGUUCAAGGCUGGGACGCCGACUCCUUCUUCACCCUCCACGACUACAACAGCGACGGCUGGUGGCAAGCUGCUGAGUUGAUGCGAACGUACGGUCUCUUCGACGAAUCAAACAAGGGCAUGACCGAGAAGAAGAAGGACGAGGUCCGCGAUGUUCUGCUGGGUCUUCUCGAUAAGGACGGCGACUCCUCUGUCAGUCGCCAGGAGUGGAUGGACUUUAUCAAGUCUGGAAAGACACUCCCGGACCUUAACACUGGCCCUGGUCACCACGGCGAUGACGAGUAUGAGUAUGAGAUCCACCAUUGGGAGAAGUACCACGACGACAACACCAAGCUCGAGGACCUGACGCAUCCCGAAGACAUUGAGCAUUUUAAGAAACACGACGAGAUGGAGGAUGCCCAAGAACGCCUCGAAGCAAUGCAGAAGCUCUCCAUCGUCGAGGCCAACAUUCCUCAAAAGUUCCGGCGACAAUAGACAAUAGAACGCUAUACCGAACUGUAUUUUACUUUACCUAGAAUACC